AUGGUUUCGACAGAUUCUAUUAUUGUUGUCGGCGCUGGUGCUUGCGGCCUCUCGGUAGCACUGCAUCUCUCCCUACGAGGCUACACAAAUGUCUCGGUAUUCGCAGAAGAUGAUUAUAUCCCUUUCGGAGACUUGACAAAUGUCUAUCGUGCAGCACAAAUUGCAGGCGUGCGAUUUUUCCUGGGACAACAAAUUGACCAAAUAGUCUACGUGAGCACGUUGACCGGGAAAAAGAGCGCUGGUAUUCGCAUGAGGAAUGCCGGAUUUCAUCCCUCGUCGCUCAUCAUUGUCGAAACGGGGGCUAGGGAUGGCGAUUCGUCCGAAAUUGGCCAGUUGCAUCCUGAUCCCUUGGCCAUACCCCUUUCUUGCUAUACCAACACCGACCCAAAUUUCGUCGUCGAAUACGUGCCAGAAGUAUCUUCUUCGGUUAUCCUGUUGUCCAAAAAUUUGGUACAAACCUCUAAGAUGUCUUUGGUGGGACCACUGGUCGUAGAUCUCUUAGAGACAACGGGUGGUCAACAAACUGCAGUGCAGGUUCAGAAAGAAUCGGGGACUUCACUUCAACCCUUAUCUAGGCUGUGA